AUGAGGUUCCUGCAGGGGACAUCCAUUGACCUGGCAAGGGCAGUCCAAUUCAAGAGUGCCAUCCACGACACCUUGGUCAGUCAAAGAACUGAACAGGUGGCUGAGGAACUCUAUGAGGUCACAAAGCAGCUCUGCUCUGACCACAACCUUCCCGAGCCCUCUCCUGCUCCAAGGAGAAAGCAGAGGAGAAUGGAUGAUUUUGUUGUGGAGGCGUCUACUGGGUCGGGCUCUGACCUGCUUAACGACUCAGAGUGUCUGAAGCAGGGGCUUUUCUUCCCGUGCAUUGAUCGGAUGAUCAAUGAACUGGGCCACCGGUUUUCCACUGUUGCGGGAGAGCUAAUGGAUGGAAUCCAGGCAUGCCACCCAGCCUCCAAAUCCUUCCUCGGUUUGCAUUCACUGAAGAAACUGGCUACACACUACCACAUACAGCUGGUCCCAGAAGAGGUCUUGGUGGCAAAGAGCUUCCUGAGCAGGAAGGAUCCAGAUUCCAUCCCGGACAUCCUCAGUGUCUUCAAGCUCCUGGACUCUAUGAUGUACCCGUCAAUGAGGGCCAUCUUGCAGGUGGCACUGACUAUCCCUGAGCUCCACUGUAAGAUGCAUGGCCCGGCCCACGUCCCCCUGUGGGUGCUCAGCGGUCUACUCAACCUCUGGCCCCUGGUCCGCUCUCAGCUAGUGUUUUCCACCAAACCACAGCAUGCUGUGGGUUUACUGGGAGCGCCCCUCACCUUGGACUGUGUAGUGUAUGAACUUGGCCAGCAGAGAGCGCUGUUGGUGCUGUGGGAGAAAUCCGACGACGGAGCGAAGAGUGCCCUGGUGCCCGCUGCCUCCGACCCCGGAGGAGGAGCAAUUCAGCUCCUCAACGGAUCCCUGUUCUUCCCCCUGCUGAGAAAGAGUUACCUGGGGAACUAUGUGUGCAGUGCCGCUGCCGGAGCCCAUCGCAUUAAUGCCACUGUACGAGUGGAAAUGGCCGGUCUGGGUAGAGUGUUCUACAGCCCCAGGAACCAGACAGUCAGGGAAGGAGAGGCGGUGUUCCUCCAGUGUGUGUCGGGGGAAAGCUCGCCGGCCGCAUUCAUCUCCUGGUUGAAAGAUGGGGAGUUGGUCAAAAGAGGCAAACAGAUUCAAGGUCAGUACGGAGGUGGACACCAGAAAAAGACUUCCGGCACCCUUCAUCUCCCCAACGUCACUCGAGACGAUGGGGGUGUUUAUGACUGCGUCACUUCCAACCCUCUCCUCAACGUUACCCGGUGCAGCGUGGCGGCGACUCUCACGGUGCUCGGUGCACCUACAGGACUGCAGAUUACCCAGGGUCCCACCUCCAUCACCGUCGCCAAGGGAACAGAGGCUGUGAUGCGUUGCAUUGUGAAAGGGUAUCCAGUUCCCAUGGUGCAAUGGUUCAAAGAUGACUGUCUCCUGACCAAUCACACAGCCUCGCUGCGCUGGCAGGACAAUGGCCAGCUGCUCACAUUCAGGUCACACACGUUGUAGACACUAAACUGUUUGUUAUGACUGGG